UCGGUCAAUCAAAUCGGACUCGUUUGGUGGUUUCGCUCUUGCACUUUCCGUUGCAACUUGCACGCGCCAUCGUCGUCGUCGUCGUUCAGUUGCGAGACGCUAGUGAUCCCACUGUCAUUGCCACAAGACGUCCUGUGCCGUAACGACGCCGCGAGCAAUAAAGAUAAUUUAUUUACACCACUCAGGAAACGAAGGUAUAUCAGCCGGCCGGAAUUAUGUCGAGAAUUUUACUAAAACAGCGGAUUCUGCCCAUCGGUCGCAGAUUUAUCCACCUAUCAGCCCGGACCGCUUCCGGAAGCUCUUCAAUACUCGCCUCGGAACGGGGCCAAAGCUACAUUCAUCACAUUGGAAAAGAACCGCUGGUUUAUCGAAACGUCGGUCAGCACCUGAAGCUGGCGGUCGAAAAGUAUCCCAACAAUGAAGCCAUCGUAUCGUGCCACGAAAACCGCCGGCUCACCUAUUCGCAAGUUCUGGAAAAGGUGGAUCGAAUAGCUGCAUCAUUUUAUCAGCUAGGGCUUGAGAAAGGUGAUCGUGUCGGUAUUUGGGCCCCUAAUGGAAUGCUUUUCUAUCUGUCAACGUUAGCGGCAGCUCGUGCCGGGAUGAUUUCGGUGGCAAUUAAUCCAGCCUAUCAGGUACCGGAAAUUGAUUACGCAUUGAAAAAGGUUGGCGUCAAGGCGAUCAUUGCCUACGAACAGUACAAAACGCAAAGGUUCUACGAGAUGCUAACAAAAUGUGCCCCCGAAUUAGCCGAUUGUCGUCCAGGAGAACUUAAGAGUUCCAAUGUUCCCGAUCUCUUGUCGGUUAUCAUCGCUAGUGAACCUAGUAGUUCACCACCUCCAGGAACAAUAAAAUUCGAUGAUUUGCUGAAGGCACACUCGGAAGCUGAUCUGACUCGCAUCGACUCCCUCCAGAGUCAAAUAUCUCCAGACAGUGGGGUUAAUAUUCAAUUCACAUCCGGAACAACGGGUCAACCGAAGGGUGCUUUGGUAUCGCACUAUGGUUUUGUUAAUAACGCCAUUGCUGUUGGAUUUCGGAACGAGCUCAACCUUAAGCAGCAUCGGGUGUGCGUACAGACGCCAUUUUUUCACGUCUUCGGAUUGGUAGCCGGAAUUAUGGGAGCUUUGAGCUACGGAACGACGCUGGUACUUCCGGGACCAGGCUUCAAGGCCGAGGAAUCUGUGGAGGCAAUCGUUAAGGAAAAAUGUUCGGUUAUAUACGGAACCCCAACCAUGUACGUUGACUUGGUACACAAAGUGAAAAAUAGUGGAGUCAAACUGCCGCCAAUUGAUCUCGCAGUAACUGGAGGUGCCGUUUGCUCUCCUCAACUUUUCGUAGACAUUCAGCAAACUCUAGGAGUACGACAAGUAAAGACCAUCUACGGCUUGACAGAGACCACUUGUGUGAUGUUCCAAUCACUGUUCAAUGAAUCGAAGGAGAACGUACUUCAGACUGUAGGUCACGUGAUGGAUCACUACGAAGUCAAAGUUGUCAACCAAGAAGGGUCUGUAGUCCCCAUGGGAACUUCCGGUGAGCUUUGGGUUCGAGGAUAUGGAACCAUGUUGGGGUACUGGGAUGAUGAACAAAAAACCACAGAAACGAUCGGUGCCGAUAAAUGGCUCAAAACUGGGGAUCAAUUCCAACUGAGAGACGAUGGCUACGGAAAAAUUGUUGGCCGCAUCAAGGAGAUGGUUAUCCGGGGAGGAGAGAAUAUUUAUCCCAAAGAGAUAGAAGACUUCCUCAAUACGCAUCCUAAAGUCUUAGAAACCCAUUGCAUUGGAGUUCCCGAUGAGCGCAUGGGAGAGGAAAUUUGUGCCUUCGUUCGACUGAAGGAUCCAACUGAGACAUUUGAACGAUCGGAAAUGAAAGAGUUCAGUGUGGGAAAAAUUUCCCACUUCAAAGUUCCAAAGUACCUACGAAUCGUUCAGGAAUUCCCAAAGACGACGUCCGGAAAAGUACAAAAAUUUAAACUGCUGCAGCGGUUUGUCGGUAUUAACCCGGCAUUCCAAGUACCGGAAGUGGAAUACUCCUUAGCAAAAGUUGGCGUUAAAGCUCUCAUCGCAGCGGAACGGAACCACGCCCAAAACUACUACGACAUGCUGAGCCAGAUAAUUCCGGAAAUGAAAACCACUGUCGGCGAGACGCUCAACUCUCAGAAAUUUCCAUCCCUCAAGAUGGUGAUCAUGGAAAAUGAAUCCGGUUCUCAACUGCCGGGAACCAUUUCAUUCUCCAAUCUCCUCAAACUGCCAUCCGAACAAGACGUAUCCCGUAUUGACUCUCUGCAGAGCUUAAUUUCUCCCGACACGGGAGUAAAUCUUCAGUUCACAUCGGGAACCACCGGAAAUCCUAAGGCCGCCUUAGUUUCCCACUAUGGUUUUGUGAAUAACGGUAUUCACGUUGCCAAGAGGAACGAGUUCGACCAGAAGGAUCAUCGUGUUUGCCUCCAGGUGCCUCUGUUUCAUGCCUACGCAAUGGUCAUUGGUUUGAUGGCCGCCCUAACUCACGGAACGACCCUGGUAGUACCGAGUGGCCGAUACAGUCCCUUGGAGGGAUUGAAAACCAUCGUCAGAGAGAAAUGUUCCACCAUCUACGGAACUCCCACCAUGUACGUAGAUUUUAUCAACAAGGUUCGGGAAACCAACUUCGAGCUGCCUAAAAUAGAUCAGGCCGUAACCGGGGGCGCAACCUGUUCACCUCAGCUCUUCAAAGAUAUCCUGGAGGUGCUAGGAGUCCGCAAAGUGAAAACGGUAUUCGGAAUGACCGAAGCCUCGGCCGUUCUGUUCCAAUCCCUGCCUGGGGACUCUCGGGACAACAUACUCAACACCGUAGGCCACAUGACCGAUCAUUACGAAGCGAAGGUCGUUGACAAAGAUGGAAACAUCGUCCCCUUCGGUACUCCUGGUGAACUUUGGGUACGUGGUUACGGAACCAUGCUCCGAUACUGGGCGGACGAUCUGAAAUCGAAGGAAACCAUCGACGUGGACAAGUGGCUUCGGACCGGAGAUCAAUUUAUUUUUAAUCCAGAUGGGUACGGAAGAAUCGUGGGUCGUAUCAAGGAAGUUAUUAUUCGAGGAGGGGAAAAUGUUUUCCCGAAAGAAAUAGAAAAUUUCCUCAACACCCACCCCGCCAUUUUGGAAACGCACUGCAUCGGAGUGCCGGACGAGCGGAUGGGCGAGGAAAUUUGUGCCUACAUCCGGAUGAAGGACCCUUCGGCUUUGAUCGAACGAGCUGAGAUAAGUGAAUAUUGCAAAGGAAAUUUGGCACAUUUCAAGGUACCGAAGUACAUCAGGGUGAUAAAAGAGUAUCCGAAAACUACUUCCGGGAAAAUUCAAAAGUUUAAACUGCUCGAAAUGUUUAAUAAAGAAUCAAAACAAUCGUGA